AGCCCGGGGAGGGGAGGGCGGGGGGGGCGGAGGCCUGGCCCCGCUCCGCCGCUCCGGGGCCGGCAGGAGGCGAGGGAAGGGCCCCCCUCCCCCGCCGCUGCCGCCGCCGCCGCCUCUCACCGCAGCCGCAGGCCGCGCCCGGAGAGCGGCCGCUCCGCCGCCGCCGCCCGCGGCCCAGGUUUUACCAAGAGACAGUACAUCUAACACUUAACUUGGAUCAUCUCUUGUUCAUCAGCUUGAAAAUCAUAACAGCCCCCAAAACUGACAUUUGCUCUGAAAGAAAAAGCUGUGACAAAUGGACAAUAUGUCUAUUACUAACACGCCAACAAGUAAUGAUGCUUGUCUGAGCAUUGUUCACAGCUUGAUGUGCCAUCGACAAGGUGGAGAGAGUGAAACUUUUGCAAAACGCGCAAUUGAAAGUUUAGUUAAAAAGCUAAAGGAGAAAAAAGAUGAAUUGGAUUCUUUGAUAACAGCUAUAACUACAAAUGGAGCUCAUCCUAGCAAGUGUGUUACAAUACAGAGAACGCUGGAUGGGAGGCUUCAGGUGGCUGGUCGCAAGGGAUUCCCUCAUGUGAUUUACGCUCGUCUUUGGAGGUGGCCUGAUCUUCAUAAAAAUGAACUCAAGCAUGUUAAAUAUUGUCAGUAUGCUUUUGACUUAAAAUGUGACAGUGUCUGUGUAAAUCCUUACCAUUAUGAGCGUGUAGUAUCACCUGGCAUCGAUCUCUCAGGCCUGACACUACAGAGUUCUACUCCAUCAAGCAUGUUGGUGAAAGAUGAAUAUGUUCAUGACUAUGAGGGGCAGCCGUCAUUGUCAUCUGCUGAAGGCCAUUCAGUCCAAACCAUCCAGCAUCCACCAAGUAACAGAGCAUCUACAGAGCCUUACAGCACCCCAGCCAUGUUAGCUCCUGCUGAGGCUAGCACUACCAGCACCACUAAUUUUCCCAACAUUCCUGUGGCUUCAACAAGUCAACUUCCCAGUAUAUUGACAGGUAGCCAUAGUGAUGGAUUCUUACAGAUUACUUCAGGGCCUCAGCCAGGAACUCAGCAGAAUGGGUUUACAGCUCAGCCAGCUACUUACCAUCACAAUAGUACUACAACUUGGACUGGAAGUCGAACGGCAGCCUACACACCUACCAUACCUCACCACCAGAAUGGCCAUCUUCAGCAUCAUCCACCUAUGCAUCCUGGACAUUACUGGCCAGUUCACAAUGAACUUGCAUUCCAGCCUCCUAUAUCAAAUCAUCCUGCUCCAGAGUAUUGGUGUUCAAUCGCAUACUUUGAAAUGGAUGUGCAAGUUGGGGAAACAUUUAAGGUUCCUUCAAGCUGUCCAAUUGUUACUGUUGAUGGAUAUGUGGAUCCUUCUGGAGGAGACCGGUUUUGCCUGGGACAGCUUUCCAACGUGCACAGAACGGAAGCCAUUGAGAGAGCAAGGUUGCACAUAGGUAAAGGGGUGCAGCUGGAGUGCAAAGGAGAAGGUGACGUGUGGGUUAGAUGCCUCAGUGACCACGCAGUCUUCGUCCAGAGUUACUACCUGGAUAGAGAAGCAGGGCGUGCGCCAGGUGAUGCUGUUCACAAGAUUUAUCCAAGUGCAUAUAUAAAGGUUUUUGAUUUACGCCAAUGUCACCGUCAGAUGCAACAGCAGGCUGCCACUGCCCAAGCUGCUGCUGCUGCUCAAGCUGCAGCAGUAGCAGGAAACAUCCCUGGACCAGGAUCAGUAGGUGGAAUAGCCCCAGCCAUUAGUUUGUCAGCUGCUGCUGGAAUUGGAGUAGAUGACCUUCGCCGCUUAUGCAUACUCAGGAUGAGUUUUGUAAAAGGUUGGGGACCUGAUUACCCAAGACAGAGCAUCAAAGAGACACCCUGCUGGAUUGAGAUUCACUUACACCGUGCCCUCCAGCUUCUAGAUGAAGUACUUCAUACCAUGCCUAUUGCAGACCCACAACCUUUAGACUGAGAUCCCUCUGCUGCACUGCUGUGGGCCGUCACAUUGUGAGGAUGGUGGAUUGUAAAAUACAAUUCUGUUUAUAACCUGAAGAUAUAUUUUACUUUUGUUCUGCUUAAUCUUCUAAAAACCAGGUUUUAAAAAUGUGUUUGCCGCCUUGCUCUUAGCAGAAAGAAACUGAACAUGCAGAAGUUGGAUUUUGGUUAUUUUCAGAAAUUAACUGUCAUAAUACAUGGCUCAGGGCUUAAAGUAAAAGCUAAAUGCCUUAUAGAGACUUCACGGUAUGCGGUUUGUUCACUUUGAAACUUUCCCUCUCUAUUAUGGCAACUUGAUGAUAAGCCUCACAGGAGCCUUUUGUAUGCAAAAUAUAUAUUAUAUAUAUAUUUAUAUCUGAAAAUUCCUUCUAAUAGUUAUAAACAUUUACCUUAUAGCGACUUUUAAAUUCCAAACGAUUUGUGAUGUUCUUUUUAGAGAACAAUAGUUAACAGAAGAUUUCUUCAUUUUGUUGACUAUCUUGUUAUGGUUUUUCCAGAUUAUAAGGUAGAAGCUGCCAAAAGAUGAGGGAUGAGACAUACAUUGUUGGUAUUGAUUAGAAAUAACAAGCAAAAGAAAUGUUGCUUUUCCCUCACUAGUUUUUAAAAAGAUGUCUUAGAUUUUUAUUUAUAUAGACACGAGUUUUGAAACACUAAAAGAAAUGGAUACUUUCAGUGCUGGCACUCAAUUUAAGUAUAACAUGAAAUACCCAGUCUGCAAAGUUGCCAGUUAAAUUGCUUAAUGAAUACCUAAUAGCAGGAACAUAUUUUCUUAUCUACUACUGACUUCUGUGAUCUUACUCGAGUAAAUCUUGGCAGGUAUUUUAAAGUUGCAUGACUCUUUUUACUUGCGUAUACCAUUAAAUCAUGUAUCAAUAUUUAGGAUCUGGUUUUUGUAUCUGUUCACCAUUUCCACUCAGGGCAAGAUGGCAAACUUGUUUUUAUACCUCUUGGUUAUUUUAAGCCCUAUGCCAUCAAUGACCGUAUCAAUUGGCAAUGACUUUGUAUAGAGAAUUUAUAGUAGAAAAAACUGCAGAUGUAUUGACUGUAUGACAGAUACAAUAUGUAUGCUUUCUCUCUAGUUGAUAGUAUAAAUAAAAUUAUGAGAACCCUGACUUUUAUAAAUUUAGUUUGCUUUUAUUACAUAGUUCUGCACCUUGAAACCAUUGAUCUAGAGUGAUGGAUUACUUACUUUGACAGACCAGCAGCAGCAGCCAAUAGUGGUAGGAUUUUUCGUUGAUUUAGGUUUGCCAGGAAGCAAUUCCAUUUUUUUCUUGCUUUUACUGCUUUUCAAUAAAUACAUGUCCUAAGGAUAUCUUUUUCAACGGUUUUAUGGGGCAUGAGGAGGAAGUAGGAAUUCUUUAUUUUUCAGCAUGUCUGUGGAGAAACGGAACUUAGUUAAACAGGCUCAAAAUAUGUGGACUCAAGUGCUGUGUUCAAGCACUGCCAGCUCGGUCUGCCUGCUGUGCUUCACUUAGCCGAUCUGGCAGCACGAUCCUAGCACUUAACAUAAGCGGAGGUCUUGGUACAGAUUAUUCAGGAUCUUUUUGCCAAGUUUCUUGCAUAGAUCUGUAGAUCUGAAUCUGUAGAGGGCUGUGACACACAGUGUUUAGGUCUUGCUUUUCCCACAUGUUCAAAUUCUUAUGAAAGAAGUCUGCAAUCGUUGUUUCUUCUUUACAGAUGGAAGCACCGAAGAUGUGAUUUCAGAGUGAUGGCCAGAAAUGGAACAGUUUUCUCAGUAUUUUCUUUAAUAAUGUUGCCUUCUUCAGAUUAACUUCUAAGGAGAUCAGUUUCUUUUUUUCUGCCUCUUAUGUUGCAGCUUCUUGACGCUUGAAAAAUGAGUGUUCGCUUUUCUCAAAGCCUUGGUUAAAACCUCUUUGUUCAUUUUUCCUAGUCAUCUAAUCUGUCUGACUAGAGGAAGAGCCAAGCGUCUUCAUAUUCAUCAGGAACAUGUUCAGUAGGAUGGCGCUACAUCCUCCAUCUAGAAGUGAGAAGCUUCUUCUCUGGGAAGAAUGCAUACCUGGAUUCCACUUCAUCCACAGCAAAAGACUUUUCUCUGGUGGAAGAAAUGAAAAGCCUGACUGCGUGUUCACUGUGCUAACCUGCCUGUUGAACUGUCUGCCCUGCUCUUACUACCGGAUGCGUGGUGCCGCGGCUUUUGGAAGGUGUCCAGCCUUCUGACUGGUGAACCAGUUGUAGUGGAGUGUUCACUUAUUUAGGAAUCCAUGAGCUUAUUCCCUAGAUAAUUUUGUCAUUUCAGAAGGUGCUUAUCUUGAUUGGGUGCCUGAUCUGUAUAUGGGCUACUUCACAGAAAUCCUCUGUACCGUUUGCUCAUGUUUCCAUUCUGCCAAAGUUUGGCAGAAUAAGGAGAGAUUCCUUCCAUCUGAUGGUGUUCUUGCCUGUGUUAGUCUGAAAAGAAUUUCGGUGAUAAGACUGUGUUUAUUGAGAUUUGGCAAGGGUUAGCCCCCACCUACAGUGAAUGGUACCAACAACACACUACAUAGUUAUAAAAAUGAGAUUAGAACAACAAAACAGAAUGUUGACAGGCUGGUAGGUAAGACAAACGGCAUUUCAUUAUUUUUACUGCCUUACACAGUGUUCAGAUUUCUUCCUAUCUGGAAACCUGUGAUUUCUUGGUUCUGAUAGAUUCCUUUGACAAUCAGAUGCAAUCACAACUGCUGAAGGAGAAAAUACCAGAAUCUUAUUCUUAAUUUUUAGUAUUCCUUUAAGUUAAUUUUGCACUUUUUAAUGAUAAGGCAGUGCAUAAUGGAUUGGAAACCCUUCAGGAGCAACACAUGAAUCUUUGACAGUCUUACAUUUGCAUUUUUUUUUCCUGAAAUGCAAGACAGCUACUUGUGUUUGACAGCUAUGGAGAUCCUGUACAUGCUGUAGGCGAGGAGGGCAAGAGUGCCAGAAUCCUGUCUUCUGUACGUUUUUUUGAAUGUCUCAAGUUCAGUGAACUGAGCAAGUAUUCCGCUAGCAAAUCUAUUGCUUGUGAUCCCAUUCUCAUGUUCAGUGCGCUUAGUCCUUUCUGAGAAGCAGCUACUGCUAGCUGGGUGCACGUGUUUCUCACCCUAACUUCUGCACUUCUUAGAAAACACUGUGCUAGAAGGCUUUGUAUUUCAUUUCAUGUGCUUGAUAGCUGGGAUUAGUGCCUGACGGUUAGGUGGCUUUAGCCAUGACAUGGUUAGUUUUGAAAGAAGGGCACAUAAAAUAAUGUGUUAGAGAUGUGGGAGAUGAAACCUUUUCAAUGGAGUGGUAAAAAAAAAAAAAAAACUCUUCUAAAAACAGUUCUACACAACAUGUGUUUCCUGUUGAAAGGUAACAUAACUGCUGAAGAGUGCUGUUUAGAAGCAGUUGCUGGGCUUGUUCUUUGUGUUACUUUUCUGGGCUUGGUAGGAAUGAUCUGUGUGUUUAGGGACCUGAACCCCCUGGCUGUAACAUGAAUCGUUGGUCAGCGGCUCUGAAAUCCGCUGAGAGCUUGGGAAGUAUUCUGGCUGCUUUAAUAGAGAGGGACCUGGCGUACAGAGCGCGCGAAGGUCUCGCCCCGUCACGGAACGGGGCUGUAGCAGCAGUAGUCAUUGAACAUGUGUCCGGAUCUUGUGCCUUACCUUUAAGACCAUCUUACUUCUUGUGACACUUCUGAAGAUGACAGCUUCCUCUCUGCGUUAGCUCAGGAACGACUGCCUCAACCUUUUUAUUAGGAACCAUAAAAAAUUCCUAUGCCAGUGUAAAUAGGAGGGUCUUUUGCCUCUGAACCCUUCAAAUGUUGUUUACGUCUCGAUGGUGGUCUUUAUGGGGACAUCUUUAAUCUCUUCUUCGAAGAGUAAGCGCUUUAGAAAGGACUGUCUCCUUAAUUUGCAUUUUUACUCUGCUCUGUGGGGUGACUGGGAUCUCCGGUCACUUUAAUACAACCAAUUAAAGAUGGCCAGAUGGGUCUUCCUCUAAGUGGGAUUCAGACUUCGUGUAAGAAAUCCUAUUUCCUCCUCCCCCUCCUCCUGCUUUUCUCCUUUCAGGCCCUGUGUGACUUAACAUCUGCUCCAUAGAAUUAUAAGAAGAUGCUUCUUUGUAGGCAGGAGUUGGUAAGGACACACAAUUUUGACAGGUUACUUUGUUUUAAGUAAGACUUAAAAAAAUAACCAUUAAGAACAACGGUCUUGUUUGAUCCUGCUAGUAGCUACGGUGUGUUUCCACAUCUGGUAAUAUUUCCGCGAGGGCCGGGGCGCUCUUCCUGGGACUGACACUCGCAGGUGGCCUGGCGCACGGCAUUUGUGUUCUCCUGGAGCACGAAGCUGGUUCCUGCUGCCUCUGGGGCAGGUGGCCAACGCUGCGUUACUGGACAAGGAAGCUCUCAAGGGUGGGGCUGAUGAAGAGCACAUCUCCACCAGCCGGUUGGGUAAGCCUUGGAUGCUGAACGUGCCCAUCUCUGAAAAGCUGCUCUGGAUGGUAUUUUCUGGAAAUGGUCGGGAAGUUGUGAGCAGUGCUGGGUCGGUGCCGUUGCCGCGUGUGCUGCUGCUGCAGCCCCAAGAGCUGGCUUGACUUUUCAGUUGUGUUAAAGUUUCGCUUGCUGAGACUUGAUAGAAGGUAGAGCUCUUGUCUAAAAAAAAUCUCCAGAGAUUUUGGCGCUGUUGGCUGCUGUUGUGCCUUGUGUGUGAGUGAUGCAUCGCUCCUAAAUUUACAGGACUAAUUCUUUAAAAGGUCACCAAAAUCAUCUAGUGCUUUCUUGCUCCAGUACCUUUUUCUGUGUCUUUCUGGUGAAGUUUGGUGGCACUGCUAACUUGUGAUUCAGCUGGAUUGAUGAUAGCUGCAAAAUACACACAGCCCAAAACUCACUGGGAGAGGGUUUUUUGAGCGUGAAAGCCGGGUUAAACAGCUGUUCUUUAGCCAUUGCCUCUUGAUAAGCGGUCAACAGAAUUCCCAGUAGUUCCUUUGUAGCUUACUGUAUGUUUUUCAUUAGACCUAGUUUGUGGAUAAUAUACUGUAGUUAACUUUCCUGAAAUUCUGUAACAGAGUAUGUUUUUGAUUAAAAAAGGUAAAGAUUCAA